AUGUGGCUGGCGCCACCAAUUGGCAAUUCGUAUCUUCCUUCCAAUUCGCGCAAUGAAGGAACCAAUGAGCCACUUGACCCCGCAAUAGGGGGCGGCUCGGUAGCGAACCCUGACUACUCCGUAUUGAGAAGUGUGGCCCCCAGUACUAGCCCGGUUUGUCUUGACGAGAGCGGCCUAGUCCGUCCUCCCGAGAUGGCGGAAGGCUGCCCAGAAUAUUUAGCUGUCGCUGCCACUCACCGUGGCUGCUCUCGAUAUAUCCAGACUUCUCUUGCAACACAACUAUUGCGGGGAAUACGGACGUGGGAGGACCAGGGGUCAGGACUAGCCCAAACAUCUUCCGCGAAUAGUCACACUGACGCAAGACAGGUCGUUGGGUCCUUUGCAGUUGUUGCCUGGUUCACCGUCAUUCUGACUUUCAUCCCGGCCUGGAAGGAAACGAAGGAAACGUACCAAGAAUGGCGAAACCCCAAGGACCUAAGUCCUACGUCUCAUGGAAAUGGACCAUCUGGGCUGAAGUCGAACGGGACAGAGCUAGUCGAAAGAGGUGCAGCCCAACGCAUUAACCAAGACGCGCCGUCGCAGCUCAGCGACAACGACCACCAAGAUCAAAACGUGAUUCUCUCGAGACGCUCGCCAGGGCGAUCCUACACCAUCUCCGGGGUCCGGAAAGUGAAGCCCAUUAGGUCCAGUGUAAGUGGCACCCAGGCAACCCCGGCAACCGAGGCCAGGCGCGACUAUCAGCGAGUACGUCUCAACAGGAAAGGGUAUGACUACGUCAAGGGGCUCCAUGCCUCGCCAAAACCGGAAUCCCCGUUUGUUGAAAAGAUUCUCAAUGUCCUUGGAGAUCUUGGCGACCUUCAGGCAAUCACGUCACUUGGAAUCAUUAUUUCCGGCAUAGCGAACCGGAACGACCUCACUUUUUACCACGAACAACUAGUUCUUAUCUCAUAUAUGAUGGCGCUUAACUCAUUCUGGGCUAUACGCAUCAAUUACAUGAACGUCGACUCUAAAGACAAUGAGUGGCGGCUGCUAGUGAGACGUUUGGCCAUAUUCGUCUGCAUGGUACUGGCAAUAUACUAUCAGACCUUCGUCUAUCUCCGUGAGGGAAAACGGCAUCUAUGGCCCGAGCCGGACAGCAUUCCGCACAACGACACUGCAGGCUACUGCUACAGAUUCAUGGACCGGGCGAAUCCUUACUUCUCCUUCUACUUCUGGAUUAUCGGUCAGGGGCUAUUCGCCUUCGCCCUAGCCUUGUGUUUGUUUCCAUGUACCAAGCGCUGGAAUGAAAGGUGGUUCAUCUGGACAACGGUGAUAACAUUGCAUCUGUGGGGCGAGAUGAGGGCCUCGUGGGAUACAUUCUUGAAAUCUAAGGAAAAGAAAGGCUGGACAGCGCUACAGACCGCUUUUUGCGAUUUUAGCAUGAUACGAGUCGUGUUUUGUAGUGCCAUGGUUGUUCUGUGGUUCUUGCUGGUGCAGCUCCUUGCUAUCUGGUCGUACGGCGAUGGGUUCUACCCACUAAACUGGUUCUGCUACCUCGCAUUCCUCGUCUGGAAUACGUUUGACCUCAUCACCCUUGUGGCAGUCAACUACCGAAUGGUGGAAGGUAAUGAAUUAACGACAUGGGGCUUCGGUCAGGUCUUGCCGGUCGUGGUGGCGUUUCUGUCUAUUAUUUACUCGCUUGUUGACGAAUUCACCGCUAACGAUACUCCCCGAGCAGAUGCAUCUGAGAAGGAACAAACAAAGGUUAAGAGAACCCAGACCUUAAGGCGGACGGCUGAUCCCGCCCCUGGCGUUGGUGAAGCCUCGGUUGAACGGCAAGGGAGGUUUCUGCCCUCGUCCAUCAAGAAUUGGAAGGGGAAACAUCCACUGUUUGUUUCUACGAAGAGUGUUAAAAACCCGGAGAGAGAUGCAGAGGCAGGAAGGCGGCCCCCAAUAAUUGGGGACGAGACGUGGGAGCCAUCGAGUCAAGCCAGGUCGUAGCAGGCUGCCAGGCCAUUAUUAUAUUUGAGGUGAGCAUCAUGAGCACAAGGCAAUGGAGGAGCUGAGUGUACUCCCAUCCCAGAAGUGGGCCGUCCCAGGCAGCCCAGC